CUCAGAUAACUGUUCCCCCGUAGUUUAAUGAGAAGGUGUCAGAAGAAGUCAGGAGGUAUUUUUUUCACUAAAAGAAACCAUGGCCAGUGGUCGACAGGCUAACCGGGACCUGACUGAGGUGCUGAAUAAACUCUGGCAACUGGACACAAACCGUCUGAAGCCGGGAACUGACUACAAAAUUUCCCUUCAGGGCAGAGCGGGUUAUGUGGCGCAGGGCAGUAACUACGCCAGAGAUCAGGCUCACGCUCCUCUCUUUUCAUACGUUGAUGAGGGAAAGCUGAAAAACAUUGAGACGUUUGCUCAUUUCAUCAACUUGCUGGACAACUAUGAGAUGUCUACAGGCGUGUCAGAGACAGUCACUUCAGAGGAGCUUCAAGAGAAUCGACUCUUUAUUGACUCCAUCAUGAAGACUGAGCUCAUGAAGUAUGCUCACAACUAUCUGAUAAAGAAAGGCCAGUCGCCCGCGGACCGCGGACAGUUCAAGAGACAGCUGUACGACAUCUGGUUUCGUCUCUACCACAGAGACAGGAGUGGAGGAGAGGAUUCUUGUGGCUUCGAACAUGUGUUUGUUGGAGAGACCAAAUAUGGCCAUGAGAUCAUGGGUCUGCACAACUGGGUGCAGUUCUACCUUCAGGAGAAGCACGGCCAUGUGGACUACAAAGGCUACAAAGCAAGAGACAACAAAGACACGCCUGAUGAGGAUGACCAUGUCCUAAACUUGCAGUUCAGCUGGAAAGGUUUGGUGAAGCCGGUUGGAGGCUCCUUCAUUGGCGUUAGCCCAGAGUUUGAGGUCGCUCUGUUCACCAUCAUCUUCCUCAUGUCGACUGAGAAGAUGACGUCAGUGGUGGUGAAGGUGGACGAGUACGUGCUGGAGCUGGUGGUCUAUCGGCAGGGCCGCUCCAUCGGCACGUCCUUCCCCAAACUGCUCAGCAGCAACAACAGAGAUUUGUAAUGUUACGGCCAUGCUGAAAGAAAUUCUGCUAUAUUACACUCUAAUCAUGGAGCAGGUUGUUUUACGUUCACUAAAACCCACGCCUUAAAUAUCUCUUAACCAGACGUUGACUGAAAAUGAAGGAUUAAAUAUAGCAAUCACAUUUGUGUCAUAUGCUGCCACCCAUUACAGGAUAUCCAUCCAUCCAUCCAUUUUCUUGCACCCUUGUCCCUUAGUGGGGUCGGGACAUUACAGGAUAUGUAUUUGUUAUUACUCUUAUUUGUACUCAACUUUUAAGAAUCUUUAAGCCAGAAAGGUUACUUUUUGAAAAAUACUGAUGUUUGCAAAGAGAUUAUGACUUUCAUCUGCAGUUUCCUAGUGGUUAGUUUUGUCUACAGUAUUUUAGAAAAUAAUGUAAUCUGCUUGUUUACUAGUAAAAGCUGGCUGUGUAUUUUCAUUGAAUAAACCUUUCUUUAUUUGUUUUGGUA